AUGUCUUUGUCAAAGACAUCGCAGAAAGUAUGGCUGGACACGAGCAUACGAGAAGAGUUGAUAAGAUGCUACUCGGAAAGCGACAUACUAGAACGUAAAAUUAUUGGCCAUGGCGGAUCCGGAGUCGUCUACAGAGCAAGACUCAAGCAUCCUCAAAUACAAGUCGCCAUGAAGACUUUGUUCCUAAAUCAAUAUGGCUGCGAAGAGGACCACUAUAAGCAAUUGGUGAAAGAGUCUUCCAGUAACGUUCUCAUCCAAGGAGGCACGGCAAAGAUUACGGAUUUCGGCUUAUCGAGUAUGCUAAAACAAAUAAUGUCCACCUCCCACGGUAACGGUCAUACAGCAUACAUAGAUCCAUCGUCGUUCAAGUACGAUUCCUACAGAAGAACUAAAACAUCUGACAUUUUCAGCCUUGGCGUGCUGUUAUGGGAAGUUUCUAGUGGGAAGAAACCGUGCAAAGAGUGCACGAAAAGCCACGAGAUUGUUAUAUUUAGGAUGAAAGGCUUUCGUGACGCGCCGGUAGAGGGUGUUCCGGUAGAGUAUGUCAAGUUGUACGAGGGAUGCUGGGACGAAGAUCCAAACAAGAGACCAACUAGUGAGCAAGUUCACAAUACUCUUAUUGAACAGUAUGGACCAGAAUCAAAUACUGAAGGGACGGUAGUCACGAGUAGAGAAAUUAGUCAAGCUCGGCGUAGUAAUAGGUUCAGAAGAUUAGUCAAGAGAUUAAUUAGAUCAAAACGUUAA